UGUGUCUGGUUGCAGGCAGAGAUGUACGCCUCGGCGCAAGAGAAAGCGACGAGGGCCAUUCCCACCCCAACAGCGCCGCCCAUGCUUCAUCGAGGGCCUACCAGCACCUCAAAUGGUGAUGGUAUGCCGCUACAGCCCGUGCUGUUGCUGGAAGUCUUUCGCGCUCUCGACUCCAUCAGGCGCUGUCGCUGUCGGCGGAUGUGCCCGUUAUGGAACACCCUGCUCUGCACGGACGGGCACUUUGCCGAUGUGCGCGUGUCCGGGCAUAAGGCGGGGUAUGGCGCGGUGUCGCAUUACUCGCACGCCUACACGUAUUGGCUGGUGGCUGGUGCAAUCAAGUGUCUCCGCAGCACUACCAGGAUGGUGGUUCUUUCACAGCUGCACAGUGGGAACCUGCGUCAACAUAUCCACAUGACCGGCCUCCUCCAGUGCCUGGUCAGCAGCGGACGCCUACGGGCGCUGGUAUUUCAUGACUGUACUUUCUACAUGGGCGCCGGCAUAACUUUUCCCAGAUUUAUAUGGCAAACAGCGGAGCUGAUCGCGGGGUGUUCCCCGCUGGCCGACAGCGUGAUUCUGAAGAAAGGUCGCCUGUCUGAUGGUGGUUUGCACGCGACGGUAGCGCUGCACUCCUUCAGUGGGCAGUCGCCCCAGGAAACUGAACGACAGUUGUGGGACUCUUCGAAAACGGUCUGGUUCUCUGCAAGCCGUUGAAUCGAGCGGCAUUGGCAGAGCGUAUCCGUGCCAGGAUGGCGCAACAUGCCAGCGAGGAUGGCAAUGAAAGCGAAGAGUUCCUUAUGGAGACUUUGUGCUACUAUCAAACUUCGGAUCCGCGCCUACCCACCGAUUACCCGCAUCAUAUGUGCGGCAUGUCGAACCAAUCCGGUCUGGAUGUCUCCAAGCUGACCACACUGACGGCGUUAGUGUUGAACGAAUGGAUUGGGAGCGACUAUCCCAACCGACCACCGUGAACGAUCUUCGUUGACCAGUGUCUCGCGGCCCACUUCGGACCAACAUUGCCGGCUAACCGUUAACGCCUUCCUGUCUGUUCACGAGCGGAACCGCUGGCUUGUUUUGUUUGGCAUAUUACUGUUUAUUAAAGUACUUCGUAUAGUACUAAGAAAAGAAUAAGUUCUUUACGUGCCAAGUGUCCAUUCACAUACGUGUCCAGUAAUAGAAAUUAAUGUCUGCGCUGGUAGACACUACCCGUAUAGACCUUCAAGUGGCCACCUAUGUUAAGUCAAUCGGCGACAUACCUUUAAGUGGCCCGGCUGCAGUUAUUUGGCCCCAGAACCGGUUUUCUUCCUGUUUUUUUGGUAUUGCAUGUUCAGCUUAACUUGCUCUUUACAGAGUAUUUGAAAAGUUUAAAAUCGGUUGAACCGUUUUUUAGUUCUUUACGUUGUAAAAAACCAAUGCUGAAGCGAGUAAGCCACGCCACGAGACCCACUACACUACGCCAGCUUCUUACACUUAUCAACCACACAUGUGCGGGUGCAGCAAGCACUCGCUUUUUAUAAGCGGAUAU